ACAACUCGAGAAAAAAUUAACCUGAAGCUGAAGGUAUGGGGAAGAUACAUUUUGGUUCGAAUUUUUGUGUUGUUUUACUUUGGUUACAGUUAGCUUACCAACAGAAUCUUUACAACUCCAGUGAAGUUAGCGUCUCUACAGUGCCUGACCCCCCAUUCACACUGAACAGUUCGACUGCGCUUCCAGCAUCAGCGCAAGUUCAGGCGGCAGAUCCCCCCUUGAAUUGCGAUCAGAAGUUUUCUUGUCGCUCUAGAUGCUCUAACGAAUCAAGUAAAUGGGAGGAUUUCUCUAGAGAUGCCGAACACUGCCAUUGUGAUCGGGCUUGUCUCAAGUAUCAAGACUGCUGUGCAGACUUCGAGCACUACUGUGCUCCUCUCCCAGUGACCAAAGGGGACUCAAGAGGCCCGGGCUAUUCCUGUGCGGACAUAUCAACUUAUCAAGAAAAAGGUGUAUUCAUGAUUUCCACAUGUGCAGCAGACUGGAAAGACGAAGGCGAUUCGUUUAUUAAAUGUAUGGAGGCCUCCAAGAAUUCGAAUCGAUCUUUUACAUCUGAAAACAUCAAAGAGGACAUUCCAGUGUAUGAUUUCUUCAGCGAGAAUAACUAUCGAAAUCUUUACUGUGUUACUUGUAACAAAAAACUACUGCCCCCUAAUUUUUGGCAGUUAAAAUUUCGGUGUAAUAUCCAAGCUCCAUCCCAUUAUAGUACCAAACAGAAAUUAGACUUUUAUCUAAAAUACUGCAGAGAUAAAUCCGUGGAACCAGGAAAACAUUCCAGGGUACGUACCUGUUUGCCAAUGGUCUCCACAUGCUCAAUCGACAAUAAACACAAGGAAGGGUGCAUGAAGGGAAACUCUGGACUUGUCCAUUCCAAGAAAACAAAGAAGAACUUCAAAAACAUUGACUGUCUGCUUUGCAAUGGCGAAUCGUUAGAGGACGUUACGUGUGGUCCACAGGAGAAAGGGGACAUCUUCAAUCCAAAAUCAUUUGAAAUUGUCAUGCACUUUAUUACGGGAGAAACUCCUGAACCUGAAUUAAAGUCCUUUUCCACAUCUUGUUCUGAGAAUAAAGUCUUUGAUCCACACCUCGAAACUUGCGAGGACACAUAUGUUCGGAAUCCUUCGCUCGCUGUCCGCGAUACGUACCGCAUUAAACAAUGGAUGUAUCCCACGGAUAACAUCGAAAGACCCAUGUUACAGCAAGAGUUCAUCGAUGGCUUUUGUUCACGGUUUGCCUUAAAACCUUCGCAAAUUUAUGUGAUAUCAAAUUCAUCAGAAAAAGGAAUUAUUGUAAUGGAAUUCAAUCUGUAUGCAGGCCAAGCGGCGAGGGGUAUUGACGAUAAUGAAACUUUGGAUUUGGCUGCUCUUCUUAAUUUCAAUGAAUCAUUUCCAAUAAUAAUUGCAAACAAGACCUGGUUAGUAAUCAGGGUCACUCAAAGGCAGUUAUCUUGCGCAAACCCAGAAGAGUAUUUCCAUGACGAAUACAGAAUAAAGCCCACUGGGGAAGCCUUACUAAAUAGAACUGGGGACAAUCUUCAAGAAUCGCUUCCGCCAAAAAAGUUCUUCAUCAAACGCAACGAUAACGGCAGCGAUUCCUUGAUUGUGUGCAGGUCUACAUUUAGUGUCUUAUGCCCUUUCAAACUCCUCCUGGUAAGUAGUUCUGAGUUUAAAGUCUUGGCCAACAAAAGCUUACUGCAUACCACCACUGGUAGAGUAUACUUGACUGAAGAGUACACCUUGAUGGAUGAAGUUAAAAAAGCAUGGAUAUGCGCUAAUCAUACUAAAAUCCGUCGCACUGAGACUUCAGCGGGCACAACAAGCAGAGAAAAUACGUUUCUGCGAUACUUUACAAUCGCUGGAUUUUCUAUCUCAGUUUUUGCUCUUUUCCUCACCUUAACGAUGCAUAGCGUUUUUAUUGAGCUCCGGGGCCCCCUUCCUGGUAAAAAUCUGAUGAGUUUGUGCUUUGCCCUUCUACUGGCCCAGUUUAUGUGGCUGUUUGGAUCUGGAGACACCGACAAGCCAACAUUUUGUACCAUUAUGGCGGUCGUUAUACAUUACCUUAUUUUGGCGUCCUUUGGGUGCACAGCCGUUAUCGCCUUUGACACUCGCCGAACUUUCUCUAGCAAGAUUUCCAAAGCUCAAUCAAGAUCUAUCGGAAAAAGCCGGAAUCUUCGUUUGCUGGCGUACACGUGCUUGGCAUGGGGUAUUCCUUUGCUUUUUGUGGCUGGCUGUGUCCUGCUUGACCACUUUCAAGUGGUCUUCAUUGGCUAUGGUAAUGAAGUCGCCUGCUGGAUAGUCAGCAGCAAUGGAAAGAUUGUCACUCUUGCCACACCAAUAGCUUGCGUCCUUCUUUACAACUUUGGGGCCUUUACACACACUGUGUGGGCCAUCAAAAGUGCCAAGAAGCAAACACACCGAGUGAAAUCAUCUCGCCAGGAUCAAGGGGCAGUUUUUAAAAUAUAUAUUCGCCUGGCCUCCCUUAUGGGUUUCACAUGGUUUUUCAGCUUCAGUGCCGAGUUCAUCCACGAGGCACUCCUCUACCCUUUUGUUAUGCUCACGACCACUCAAGGAGUAUACAUAUUUGUUGCGUUCAUCUGCAAGGCCCGAGUACUCAAGCUUCUGAAAGAAAGGUUUCCAAGAUCGAGGAAGGAUGCAAUGGCUUCCACUCAGCAUACGGCAAGCACAGAAUGUAAGAGUUUGCCUGCAUAUUCUCCAAAACAAUCAGCGAGAGACACUCGCUUUUAGAAUAACACAGAAAACUGAGACCUGAGACUGAGUAACUUCUGGCGUACCCCAAGGUUCCUUAUUGGGCCCAAGACUUUUCAGCAUCUCUACAAAUGACCCACCUUUGUCUGUUGACUCAAAGAUAGAAAUGUUUGCCGAUGACUCCACUGCCUACAUCAUUGGAAA